CAAAACAUCGAGAACAUGAAAGUUAUAUUUUACGUAACUACGUUAGUAAUCGCGAGUAACGUUAUAUGCGGCGACCGAUACAAUAAAUUACAAUGUAAAGAUGAAAAAGAUGAACCAGUGGAUUGGUACGUGCUUUAUAAGUUACCAAAAGUUCACACAAGUAGUAAUCCCAUGAUUAGAGAAGGAAUCGCUUAUCUGUACAUAACGAAUGCAACUAUCGAAACUGGUUGGCAAGUGUCUUCUAGGCCCAUCGGUUCGAACAAUUCCAUCCCUGGAAUUACAUUAGCGCCGCUUUACAAUCAGGAUAACAAGAAUGAAAGCAUAUGGAGUUUAUAUAACGAUAGUCCACCAAAUUCUUCUUAUGUCUGGAGCUUUGGUCACACAAAGGGUGUAGUGAUGGCAAAUAGUGACCAAGGCUUCUGGUUAAUUCACAGCGUUCCAAAUUUCCCUCCAGUUCCUAAAAGUGGUGUGCAAACUCGACGGUCAAAAAAGGGAAAUAUUACUACCGAUGGCAAAUACAGUUAUCCGGUAAGUGGAACGUUCUACGGACAAAGUUUUUUAUGUAUUUCCCUUGGCAGUGAUCAGUUCGAUAUUAUUGGAGAACAAUUAAUGUACAACGAAAUAGCAGUGUAUGCAAAAAAUAUUCCUGAUAUACUUGGUACACAGUACCCAGUAUUGAAAAAUGCGAUCAAUCAGAAACAUAUCAAAACUCCUCCCUACAACCAUAAAGCUGUAAUAAGAUCUCUAAGAACGACUGAAUUCAUUUCGUUUGCCAAGGAUGGAAAAUGGGGUAAAGAUUUAUACGGAGAUUUUGUAGCGCCACAAUUGCAGUCAGAUUUAUAUGUUCAGUCAUGGUUGAAUGGUCCAGGCAAGCUACCCUCAAUUUGUACCCGUAGAAAAAUUCGUCAAUUAUUCAGAAUCUACAACGUUAAAAGCUUUGAAUUCGACGUAGCGAAUGUGAAUUUUGCCAGUAGUCAGGAUCAUUCAAAAUGGGCUAUUACAAACACCAAAAAGUCCGCUAAUCGUUGGGUUUGCAUUGGUGAUAUCAAUAGAGCCGAUACACAGUAUUCUCGAGGCGGUGGAAUCGUAUGUUUCAAGGAGGCUCGUUUGUGGAUUGAUUAUCGUAAUAUUAUAAACGACGUAGAGCCUUGUAAUCAUACCUAAAGACUCUAGCAAGAUACAAUGCGUUCGUUUGCCACUUUUUCCAAUGAAAAUUACAUACCUGAUGAAACAUUAAAAG